GUGAUGGAGUGGAUCUGCAAUAUCUGAGGAACCUGACAGCAAUAUUCACACAUGGGGAGAAAUUGAAAAUCAGAAAGAGCUCCUAAAAUGGACGAGUGGAAAUGUUUACAAAGAUACGUGGACAUGUAUUUAAUGGUCUUCUCGUAUUUCAUCUUUUUAAAUCUAUUUUCAUCAUCGUUGAUUUAUUAGAUGCUUUUUUUGGUGACGUUGUUCUCUAUACAUUUUCAUCAAAUUACGACGACCUGGAACUCAGCUGUUACGGUAAAGUGCGCAGAUCCAUGUGUUUGUACUAUACAAAUCGACUUAAAUUGACUUUGUCAAGUAUAAGAAGUUACAUGCAUCAAAGUUUGUUUAUACGAACGAUGUGUUUUUUAAUUUGUUAAGAAAAACUUUUGUCAUCCGUCAUUUCGUCAUUCGUUCCCGAUGACAGUUUGCAAACAAGAGAAAGGUUUUAGUUCAGUCCUGGAAAUGAUUAAUGAAACACGUUUUAACGAGUAACGCUUCAAGUGCCUCGUUUUAUUCAAAACUAGAGAAGGACAGCCGCGCUUUCAGAGGCUUGUUAUUCUCCAUGUGUGAGAAAUGAAGGAAAAGUCCAAGAAUGCUGCGAAGACACGAAGAGAAAAAGAAAAUGGAGAAUUUUAUGAACUGGCCAAACUGUUGCCGUUGCCCUCGGCCAUCACAUCCCAACUGGACAAAGCUUCAAUCAUCCGACUGACCAGCAGUUACCUGAAGAUGAGAUCGGUCUUUCCAGACGGUCUCGGUGAGGCAUGGGGUCAGUCGUCACGUGUCAGCCCUUUGGACGUUUUGGCCAAAGAUCUCGGAUCUCACCUGCUGCAGACCUUAGACGGGUUUGUGUUCGUCGUCGCGCCAGAUGGCAAAAUCAUGUACAUUUCAGAAACAGCUUCAGUUCAUCUGGGUCUGUCACAGGUGGAACUGACUGGAAACAGCAUAUAUGAAUACAUUCACCCUUCAGAUCACGAUGAGAUGAGCGCUGUGCUUAGCACACACCAACCUCUACAAACUCACUUCCUGCAAGAGUACGAAAUCGAGCGCUCGUUCUUUUUGAGGAUGAAGUGUGUUUUGGCCAAGAGGAACGCAGGCCUCACAUGUGGCGGUUAUAAGGUGAUUCACUGCAGCGGGUACCUGAAGAUCCGUCAGUUCGUGAUGGACGUCUCACUGUACGAGUCCUGUUAUCAGAUUAUCGGUCUGGUGGCCGUCGGUCACUCGCUCCCCCCCUGUGGGAUCACAGAAAUCAAACUCCACAGCAACAUGUUCAUGUUCCGCGCCAGUCUCGAUCUCAAACUCAUCUUUCUAGACAGCAGGGUGGCAGAGUUAACAGGUUAUGAACCACAGGACCUGAUUGAGAAAACUCUGUAUCAUCAUGUGCAUGGAUGUGAUGUGUUUCACCUGCGAUACGCACAUAAUUUAUUGUUGGUAAAGGGACAGGUCACCACUAAAUACUAUCGUCUGCUGUCCAAACACGGUGGUUGGGUUUGGGUGCAGAGCUGCGCUACCAUUGUUCACAACACUCGCUCAUCUCGACCGCACUGUAUCGUCAGCGUCAACUAUGUGUUAACGGAUGUGGAAUAUAAAGAAAUGCUGUUAUCUCAGGACCAGAGCAGAUCCAGAGCAUCUCUCUCUUAUAAAAAUGGUCUCACAGCUUCUCAGGAUUCACACAAACAGCUUAAAGCCAAAACAGGCAAAAUCAAAAGCAAACUGAAAGUGUCUCCAUACCCUCAGACAUCACAGCAUUCUGAUAAACUGGAGUGUUCGUCAUGGAAGUCCAGCUCGUCCGCUCAGGUCUCGCUGCCUGUGAUCUCUCCAUCUGUCUGUGCAGCGCCGGGCGUGACAUCUCAGUCUCUGCCCCACCCUUUCACCAUCGACUGCCGAAAGCUGCGAGCCACGGCAAGCUCAUCUGGACGACACAUGCUGCAUGGAGACGCUGCCUGGAGCUGCAGUUUAAAUAAACCUGCCAUAAACCCCCAACCCCCCCGCAGCACUUACUCAGGUUACAUCGGGAGAUUGACCAGCGAGCCGCUGCAUGAGAGCUGCAGAUCCAGCGGUGCCUUUAAAGAGGAACCUGCGGUGCUCCGGAGCAGCGGGCAGACUGAUGACCUGACCGUCUGUGAACCGCCCAGAGAACAUCAUGGGCCGCCGGACCUCGGCCGUCACCUGCCCGUGCAGAUGGUGUUGGAGCAGAGACGCAGGCUGUGUACCACGGGCAGGCCGUAUGAGGAGAGCGACACCCAGGAUGAGAGGAGGAUUCUGGUGGGCAUGAGGCUCCCGGCACAAAGCCCAUUGGUCUCUAUGAACAUCCAUCACGUUCUGACCAAACGCGGCUCUAUCCCAUCUGGAUCUUACGCUCUGAGCCAUUUAACAGAGAGCUGUGCUUACCGGGGAGAGGAGAUGAAUCCCUACCUGUACAGGACACAAAGUCCCACCCUGAGCCCGUCCCCCGAGGGUCACGGUGUUCCCCAUUACAUCGGCACGUCUGUCAUUAUUAGCAAUGAAAGGUGACGCUGCAGGAAUAACAAAAAUAACUCUUGAAAGACUCUUAACAUGAUGUUUUAUGUAAACUCUUUAUGCAAAAUUUGCAGAUAUUUGCUAUAUCUGUAACAAUAUUAAAGUAACGUCAGGUAUGCUGCCACCGUCUCCAUUUUUACUGCAUGUGCAGUCAGUCCAGAGGGACACAGAGCUGGAAAACAAAUCUAACAUUUUUUUCUGAUCCUAAAGAUUUCUUUAGAUGGAAAAGGGUUAGAAAAGUAUAAACCUUCUUUAGACAAUUUUGACCUUAGCCUAACCCCAUUUUUUAAAUCAUUGAUACGCAAAGAUUAUUUUAGAUUUCAUAUAAAGAAAAUGUCCGAUUACAAUGACAGACAAUGAAAUAAAUCACACAGAUCAUUUCGAAUCAGACUAAAUAAGAGCUCAACAUGAUUGGAAGAGAGCAAAGGCUCUUGGGAUACGUGUUCAUGAGGGCAGUGGGGAAAGUUUUCAUUUUUCGAAUAUCUCAUAUUUAGACUUCAAGCCUGUAGGAGAGUAAACAGCGGCUGUGUUUGUUUGUUGAUGAAGAUGAUUUUGAAGGAGAGCCAGCGGUCUCUGGGGACAGAGGAUUGGAAUAUGGUAUUAUGCAGCCAAUAUGAGAGAUGAUAGAUUUGAGGUGACCUUCAGAGACCCUGCUGCUGAAAUUGUUUAACAGGAUAUUGUGGAUGUGACAUUUAUGGAUCUGAGGUACUGAGCUAUUUGCUUAAUGAUUUUUAAAGGCUGACAGCGCUUACGUGGCCGUUUAGCUUAAGAACACUUUGAGGGGGAAAAUGUGUCCGCGCGGCACUCCAGACCUGAUGAUGUCUCGAGGACCUCGACACAAGAGAUAGUAUGAGACAUUAAAGACCAGAUCUCUCUCACACACACAGGGACGUGGUUGGUGCGCAUGAAUGUGAGAAUGUGUUAAAGGCUAAAUGAGCUUGUAAUGAGGUGAAAGAUCCCCGACUGUUCAUUUCACCUCAUCAGAGACGAGUCUGAACCGUGAGGUGCUGCAGACAGAUGAGGUGAAUCUGAGCACGAGCGGAUGAACACGACUGAGCCAGGAAACCAAACACACACACACACACAGUGUUUACAUGUUUUAUGUGGACUUUUACAGAGACAAUGAUUUUUUUAGAUUGUACAAACUGUCUCCUGUCACCGUAACCCCUUACCCAACUAUCAACAAUCUGUGUAGGUUCACCUGGACCACACACAAACACACAGGCAUUAUCAUGAUUGAUUUUGUGUUUGUGACCCUGAAACCCAUUUAGAGAAGACUGUGGACAAAAGUAGAUGUAAGGUAUCAGAUUAGAAAUCUUGAAAAAUGUUACCAGUGAAGAGCAAAACAGACUUUAAGUGACACUGCAUUAAAGAAG